AUGCUACGACGUAUAUACGCCCAAGCUCCACGGCCAGCUGGGUCUAUAUCCUCAUUGGCGCCUCUGCUACCCCGGCUCACUACACGGUGGAACACCACCCUUCCCCCUUCUCCCCCUCCCUCCGCCUCGGACGAAGCCAAGCGCAAGACCGGCUCCUUUUACAUCUCCAACGUCUUUCCUAUCCGUCUCACACGAUGGGACUUUCGCCCCUCAUGGUCGGUCCUACGAGAAGACGCCAUGAUGGAGCAACUGAACGAUAUCGGAAUGGAAGUCAAGGGCAAUGCCUUCCGUAUCGAAUCAUGGGAGAUCGCGCGCAAAGACGGCGGUGUCUUCAUGCACUAUAGCUAUAUCCCACCCGACAGCUCGGCGGGUCAUGACCAUCCGCCUGAUCUAUCGUCGAUCAACGCGUUGCCGGAAGGGCAUACCGGAGCGGUCAAUCCUGGACGGUUGUUCUUGCCGCAGUUGCUGGAGAGCGCGCAGAGGCACGGGGGAUGGCCGAGCUGGGUCGGGCAGUGGUGGGCAAACCUGAGGAAGCAGGGGAGCACGGUGCCUGGACAUAGGAUAUGGGCGAGGGAUAAGACGCAGACAACGGGGACGGUGGGAGAGGCGGAGGAGGAGACAAAGGUCAAGGGGAGCGGGACGGGGCUGUCGAAUGUUCAGGUCGCGGCUGGAGGGGGGAGGGUGUGGGUCGUCAAGGGCAGGCAGUGGACAGAGGACAUGAAUCGGCCUACUGCGACUCGUCUAAGAGUCGAGUUUGACGGUCCAGACGUAUCGCAAGAGAUGCUCUACACCCUCUUUCGACCAUACGGAAAAGUGUCAGACAUCGUUCCUCCCGCACCAGUUCCAGCCGGCUCGCUCCGGUCCGCCAUUGUCAGCUUCUCCCGCCUCACUCCCGCUACCAUCGCCAUCAACUGCCUACACGGCUACUCCACACCCACCAAUACCGCCGACUACACCCUUCGCCGUUCAGGCCAACCAUCCCCAAAUCCCAUCCCCCUCAGUCGAUUACGCAUCUACUACUCUCACCCCCUCAAAGCUCACGCUAUACGGGACUGGAUCAGCUCACAUCCGAGGCUGGCCCUGCCCGUCUUGGCCUUCCUUUUCGGUACGCUCAGCUACACCUUCUUUGACCCAAUCCGUGAAUUUUUUGUCCGGUCAAGACUAGAACACACCUUCGAUGUCGAUACUUAUCCAGUCAUCAAGUGGUUCCGCGACAAGUUUGGAAUCUUCGGAAGCAGUCUUGACUUCUUACGCCGCCGCCAUCACGCCAACCCCGAUAAAUCAGAUACGAUCGGUCAGAACGCAUGGGAAGAUCGGAUAGAGGCGGAAAAGACAGUAGAAAGCUGGUUGUCCGAGUAUCCUAGUACUUUCAUCACGAUCACUGGUCCACCAGGAAGCGGGAGGGUCAGCUUGGUGUCUAGGGUGUUGGGGAAGCAGGAAAACAAAGCUGACCACAGGCCAUACCUCGUGGUCGAUUGCGCGGAGAUCGCAAAGGCCAAAAACGACAGUGGUCUGAUCAGCGCUUUGGCCGAGCAAACAGGCUACUGGCCUGUAUUUUCCUUCUUAAGCUCCCUGAACAACCUGAUCGACCUCGCCGCUGUCGGCCUCAUCGGCUCCAAAGCCGGCUUCUCCACUCCCGUCGACCAACAACUCCGGUCCAUCCUCGAGACCGUCGCCGUCUCGCUCAAAGACACCUCUACACGCACUCGGAAACGGCACCAGGCAUCCAUCGUCCACUCUAUCGACCAAGCGGAGAUCCGAGAGGAGCGGGAGCGGAUCCGGGAGCGAAUCGUUCGUGGAGGCUAUCAUGACGGGCGGCUGGACUGCGUGGCAGGCAACGGGAUCAUGAGCGAGUUGGGCUUUGGGGACGAGCCUAUCUCGGAGGACGACAUGUCGGCGGCACCGACGCCGUUGAUGGACGAUACGGCGCCGAUUCACGGGGAGGCUGUUCCACCGACCAAGGCGUCCCUGGCGGGCAUCGUGCCCAGUGAGACGUCAAGCCUCGACGAGGAGAGCGAAAUCAUCAAGACCCUUCCUAUCGUCGUCCUCAAGAAUUUUGCCACCAAAUCCGCCAAAGGCGAUAGCUGGAACGUGAUCGCCGAAUGGGGCGCCUCGCUCGUCGAGAACAAGAUCGCGCACGUCAUCGUCGUCACGGAAGGCCCGACCGCUACCAAGGCACUGGUGAAGGCCAUUCCGGCCAAACCGCUCAAUUCGGUCAGUCUGGCGGACGCGGACGAGUCCAAGUCGUUCGGCUAUGUCCAGGACAAGCUGGGCGCCGCCGCGACCAUGAGCAUGGAGGAUAGGACGCAGAUCACCAAGCUCGGCGGGAGGAUGGUGGACCUCGAGACGCUGGUGUACAAGGUGCGGACGGGCGCGCCGGUGCGCGAGGCGGUGGACGAUAUCGUGUUGAGGAAUGUGGUGGAGUUGCGCAAGGCGGCGUUUGGGGAUGAUGCGGAGGAUGCCAAGACGCUGGCGUGGACAAGGCCGCAGGCAUGGAUGGUGGUCAAGGAGUUGGCCAAAUCGGGAAAGCUUUCAUACGCCAAGACACUACAGGACUUCCCGUUCAAGGGCGCCGAGCAGAGCCUGAAGGCAAUGGAGGAGCACGAGCUCAUUACGGUUUCCUACGUGGAUGGACGCGCUGCCAAUAUCCGGCCUGGAAAACCAGUCUUCCGAUACGCCUUUGCCGCUCUCGUUGACGACCCAAUCUUCCGAGCCUCCAUGCAAAUCGAAUACAACACCACCCUUAUCGCAUCAGCCGAAUCCAGCAUCAAAUCCGCCGAGACCGAGCUCUCCCAGCUCCAAGGGAUCAUUGCGGAUGGAGGGGACGAGAAGCUCGGCGUUCUCAAGCACGAGUGGAUGGGAUUCGGCUUUGGGAGCGGUAAUGCCAUCAAGGAGAGAGCCAAGUAUCUGUUGGACAAGAUGGGCAAAGGGGUGGAGAAGCUCGAGAAGCUCGAGAGGGAGAAUGCCGAGAUGCUGAGGAUGUUGAGUACGAGCAAAUGA